CUGAAGAAUACUUGCCGAACUGUUAACGGUACAGGGAAUAGCCGGUCAGGCAACCGUCCAGCCUCCCCUCACACUGGAAAGUCACGGAGCUCCCGCCACUUCCAGGGAUAAAGUUACAGAAACGAUGUCCAGCUCGCCGCUGUCCAAGAAGCGUCGCGUGUCAGGAUCAGAGACGAAGACGGGAUCCCAUUGCUCCUCCUCUAACUCUGUCAGAACUGAACUGUCACACACACCAGCUAACGGCAUGGCUAAGAAUGGAAAUGAUGCUGAGAUCGACGAGGGCCUGUACUCCAGACAGCUGUACGUGCUGGGUCAUGAUGCUAUGAAGCGUAUGCAGAGCUCUAAUGUUCUUAUCUCGGGACUGCGAGGUUUAGGGGUAGAGAUCGCUAAGAAUGUCAUUCUGGGUGGAGUCAAAAGCGUCACCCUGCACGAUCAGGGAGUGGCCGAGUGGAAGGACCUUUCAUCACAGUUUUACCUGCGUGAGGAGGAUCUUGGGAAGAACCGUGCUGAUGUCAGUCAGCCUCGACUGGCAGAACUGAACAGUUAUGUGCCUGUAACCUCCUACACUGGCACCCUCACCAAUGAAUACCUGACCAAAUUUCAGGUUGUUGUGCUCACCAACUCUAGUCUUGAUGAACAGACACGUAUCGGGGAAUUUUGCCACAGUAAUGGCAUCAAGUUGAUUGUGGCAGACACACGUGGACUGUUUGGGCAACUGUUCUGUGAUUUUGGGGAGGAAAUGAUAGUAUUCGACACAAACGGAGAACAGCCAUUGAGCGCCAUGAUCUCAAUGAUCACAAAAGACAGCGCUGGUGUGGUUACGUGUCUGGAUGAAGCACGGCACGGAUUUGAGAGCGGAGACUAUGUCACUUUCACAGAAGUGCAGGGCAUGACGGAACUUAAUGGCUGUGAUCCAGUAGAGAUCAAGACACUGGGUCCUUACACUUUCAGCAUCUGUGACACCAGCUCAUUCUCUGACUAUGUGAGAGGUGGUAUUGUCACACAAGUGAAGAUGCCCAAGAAGAUUGCCUUUAAAUCCCUGUCCUCCUCCAUGGCCGAACCAGAGUUCUUGCUGACUGAUUUUGCCAAAUUUGAUCGUCCAGGCCAACUCCACGUGGGCUUUCAGGCACUGCAUGCAUUUGAGAAGAAGCACAGUCGUCUGCCAAAGCCCUGGAAUCAGGCAGAUGCGGAUGAGCUUAUGACUCUGGCUGAAGAGGUGAAUGCUGCACAGACAGGAUCUGCCAAGCAAGAGGAGCUGGACCAGGCAGUCAUAAAAAAGCUGGCCUGCGUGGCUGCUGGAGACCUGGCACCCGUCAAUGCCUUUAUUGGUGGGCUUGCUGCCCAGGAGGUUAUGAAGGCCUGCACAGGGAAGUUUAUGCCCAUCAUGCAGUGGCUGUAUUUUGAUGCUUUGGAGUGCUUACCUGAGCCUGAGGAAGUCAUUCUUACAGAGGAAGAGUGUGCUCCUAGGAACUGCCGGUAUGACGGCCAGAUUGCCGUCUUUGGGUCCAAGCUGCAGGAGCUGUUAGCCAAGCAGAGAUAUUUUCUGGUUGGUGCUGGAGCCAUUGGCUGUGAGCUGCUGAAGAACUUUGCUAUGAUGGGCUUGGCCAGUGGUGAAGGAGAGGUCAUAGUCACUGACAUGGACACCAUUGAGAAGUCCAAUCUCAAUCGACAGUUCCUCUUCAGACCCUGGGAUGUCACGAAGAUGAAGAGUGAGACUGCUGCUGCGGCAGUGAAGCAGAUGAACCCGUCAGUCCGUAUCACUGGUCACCAGAACCGUGUGGGACCGGACACGGAGAAGGUCUAUGAUGAUGACUUUUUUGAAUGCCUUGAUGGAGUGGCAAAUGCUCUUGACAAUGUAGAUGCCCGUAUGUAUAUGGAUCGGAGGUGUGUGUACUACCGUAAGCCAUUGCUGGAGUCUGGUACUCUUGGCACCAAAGGAAACGUGCAGGUGGUCAUUCCCUUCAUCACAGAGUCCUACAGCUCCAGCCAGGAUCCUCCAGAGAAGUCCAUUCCUAUCUGCACACUCAAGAACUUCCCAAAUGCAAUCGAACACACCCUACAGUGGGCUCGUGAUGAGUUUGAGGGACUGUUCAAGCAACCUGCUGAAAACGCCUUGCAGUAUCUGACAGACUCAAAGUUUAUGGAGCGCACACUGAAGCUCCCUGGAGCUCAGCCGCUGGAGGUGGUGGAAUCGGUUUACAAGAGUCUGGUGACAGACAGGCCACGCAACUGGGAUGACUGUGUAACCUGGGCCCGCAACCACUGGCAGUGUCAAUAUAACAAUAACAUCCGUCAGCUGCUGCACAAUUUCCCCCCAGACCAGCUUACAAGCUCUGGGGCGCCAUUCUGGUCAGGUCCAAAGAGAUGUCCUCAUCCAUUAGAAUUCAGCACUAACAAUGAUCUUCACAUGGACUACAUUUUGGCAGCAGCUAACUUGUAUGCCCUGUCAUACGGCCUGCCAUCCUGCAAUGACCGCUCAGCUCUGACCAAGCUUUUGCAGGAUAUUAAAGUGCCUGAGUUCACACCCAAGUCAGGAGUCAAGAUUCACGUGUCUGAUCAGGAGCUGCAGAGUGCCAACGCAUCAGUCGAUGACUCGAGGCUCGAAGAGCUGAAGACACUGUUGCCUUCUUUAGAAGCAUCUUCUCAAUUCAAGCUCUGUCCUAUUGAAUUUGAAAAGGACGAUGACACAAACUUCCACAUGGACUUCAUUGUAGCGGCAUCUAAUCUGAGAGCAGAGAACUAUGACAUUCCUCCUGCAGACAGACACAAGAGCAAACUCAUUGCUGGAAAAAUCAUUCCAGCCAUUGCCACAACAACAGCCGCUGUUGUAGGUCUGGUGUGUCUGGAGUUGCUGAAGAUCGUUCAGGGGCACAAGAAGCUCGAGUCCUACAAAAAUGGCUUCAUGAACCUUGCUCUGCCUUUCUUUGCCUUCUCCGAGCCUAUAGCUGCCCCCAAGCACAAGUACUACGAGAUUGAUUGGACACUUUGGGACCGUUUUGAGGUGAAGGGCAUUCAGCCUAAUGGAGAGGAAAUGACACUCCGGCAGUUCCUGGAUUAUUUCAAGAAUGAACACAAACUGGAGAUCACGAUGCUCUCUCAGGGAGUUUCUAUGCUCUACUCUUUCUUCAUGCCUGCAGCCAAACUCAAAGAAAGACUGGAACUACCGAUGACUGAGAUCGUGACCAAAGUGUCCAAGAAGAAACUGGGCAAGCAUGUCAAAGCACUAGUGUUUGAGCUCUGCUGCAAUGACGACACAGAAGAAGACGUAGAGGUGCCCUAUGUCAGAUACACCAUCCGCUGACAGGGCUGAUGGGUAGGACAGGGGACAGACUAGAGGAGGGAGAGGGCGGCCCACUGGGGAUGGGAGUGCAUCAGUAUGCUUGGAGAGCCCAAAUCAAAUCAAUUGGUUUUAUUUUAACCUGAUGCUCAAGUAUUAUCUAUCAAUAACCUCUUUUACCCUGCCGGUCGAGCUCUUUAAGGUCUAAUUCAGUCAGGUUGGUCAUGUUCAGGAAAUGGGGAGCAUGUGAAGUUUUGGCUGUAACUUAUUUAAGCUGGUUUUUGUAACGCACAGCAUCAGUGUGUGAAUUUUAUCAUCACUCCCUUUCUGUGAAUCCUCUUUCUCACACCGGUCCUCAUGUGGGCAGCACCAUCUUGAUUUGUUUUCCUGAAUAAAAUAUUGACUGAUGCCAAAAAAAAAUGAGUACAAAUGGAAAAGAUGUCAAUGAUGUUUGCUUAAAUAGAUUUUUCAAAUCAUCGCCUUGGCUUGAUGUCACCUUAAAUGUAACUUGAAAUGCGCUCUUAUUGGCCAAGGUUUUGGAGCAACGUACUGAACUCCUGUUCUCCCAUUGGCCCAGUGGGAACCUCCCUUUGCCUCUCUGGCUUCUGUAUGGGGUGGGUACAGGAACUUGCACAUAACUUUUUGUUUUGUUUUUCCCUCAUUUUUUUAUUUUUAUUUUUUUGGCAGAAUUCUGGUGUACACCUUGUAGAACAUAACCUCUGUAUUCUUUCUACUUUGUUAAACUCCAAAAAAAGACAUUACAGUCUAAAACACAUGAUUUUACUCUGUAAUGGGAGCACUUAGUGUGUUAGUGAAUAAAGUUGGAAACGUUUU